GGCGGUAUGGCCGGGCUAUGGCGAGGGUACCAGAGGUUAUUGGCCGCUCACCCCUGGAAGGUACAGAUCAUCACCGCAGGGUCCCUGAUGGGGGUGGGAGAUGUCAUUUCCCAGCAAUUGGUGGAGCGGAGAGGAGUGCAGGGUCACAGUGUGGAGAGGACGCUGAAGAUGAUGGGGGUUGGACUCUGUUUUGUGGGCCCGGUGGUCGGUGGUUGGUAUAAAGUUCUGGAUGGUCUGGUUCCCGGGAGCAGUAAGACUGUAGCCUUGAAGAAGAUGCUUCUGGACCAGGGGGGAUUUGCCCCGUGCUUCCUCGGAUGUUUCCUCAUCAUCGUCGGCUCACUGAACGGCCUGUCCAAGGAGGAGAUCUGGGACAAGCUGAAACGGGUGAGGAAAAUGACCACAUGA